AUGCCAUCCCACUCCAAACGAUCAAUGGCUCCGCCCGCCGGUGCAGCAAAGCAAGUUACUGCCGCCAGCAUAACGAAGAAGUCUUUGUCGCCUUCCUUGCCAUUUACCUCGGCCGCCCCCGCAAAGCCCAAUGCCACUGCGACGCCGGACCCACGUACAGACUCCCCAAACAGCCAGGAACCCUCCGGGACGCCAACGACGGGUGUGAACCGAAAGAAGCAAAAGCGACGGCAGAAGCUGGCUGCUCGUCAGGCUGCCGAGCGUCAAUUAAAUCAUUCGGCCGGUUCUACCUCGCAAAAUGGCGACAUUAGUCACAAUGGUGGGGAUCCAGGCGGCGCUGCAACGCAGGGACAACAUAUGAGCUUUGAGCUGGGAGAUUCGGACUACACUGAGGAUGAAGCUCAGUAUCUCAUACACGCACACACUGCUACCCAAUAUGAUAAAAAUGGGAUGGUGCUUCAAUCCCAAGACUCCACGAAGCGAAAAGGUAAGAAGAAGAAAAAUAGGAAAAGCCGGUCUCAUUCGCACCAAGCUGAGGGAAGCGCUACUUCUAUGUCAACGCCAUCGGCUUCUCUUCCACGACCCGUCGGUCUUCAACCAUUAUCAAGUUCCGCAUACCGGUCUGCCCACAAGGUUACCAAAGAUCGCAUUUGGAACACAUCGACGCAUGAGGAACGGGAGAGGAUAAAAGAAUUUUGGCUUCAGCUAGGAGAGGAGGAGCGCCGAUCUUUAGUCAAGGUCGAAAAAGAAGCAGUCCUCCGAAAGAUGAAGGAGCAACAAAAGCACUCGUGUAGUUGUACGGUCUGCGGAAGAAAACGAACUGCCAUUGAGGAAGAACUAGAAGUCUUGUAUGACGCAUACUACGAGGAACUCGAGCAGUAUGCAAACCACAAGCAAGGAGCUUUCGAAAAUGGGGGUUUACCCCUUGGUGGACCUCCACGGCUGUACCAAACUCCAAUUCGGACACUCGAUCGACAUCCUUCUCAUCCCAGCGCACAUCAUCCGUCUAGAGGUAGAGUACAAGAGCUUCAGGAUGACGACGAAGAGCCCGACGAGGAUUACGACGAGGACGAGGAGGACGAUGAACCAUACAGCGAGGACGAACUAGAGGAAGUUGCCAACUCAAGUCGUGCCGACUUUUUUGCUUUUGGGAAUAGCUUAACCGUGAAAGACGGAAUUCUUACGGUAGCUGACGAUCUGCUGAAGAAUGACGGGAAGCACUUCAUCGAUAUGAUGGAACAAUUAGCUGAGCGACGAAUGCAGCGUGAAGAAGACACGCAGUACGCUGCUGCUUCUGCGGCACAUCAGUCAAUCCAUGGCGGGCAUAACCACGGUCCGCUUUUAGAUGACGAAGAUUACGAUGACGAAGAGGAGGAAGAUUACGAUAGUCAGGAGGAAGAAGAAUACGAGGAGGAUGAAAUGGACGCGAUGACCGAAGAGCAACGCAUGGAAGAAGGAAGAAGGAUGUUUCAAAUAUUUGCAGCACGAAUGUUUGAACAGCGGGUAUUAACUGCUUAUCGCGAAAAAAUUGCUCACGAACGGCAGCAGCGCCUUAUCGAAGAGUUGGAAGAAGAAAAUCGACUCGACGAAGAACGUGAAGCAAAGAAAGCCCGCGAAGCUCAAAAGAGAAAGGACAAAAAGCGCAUUCAGAAACAAGCUAAGGAGGAAGAGAAAGCAAAGCGGGAGGCAGAACGAGCUGCUGAAGAAGCCGCCCAGAAAGCUCUCGAGGAGAAGAAACUCGAGGAGCAACGGCGGAAGAAGGAGGAGCAGCGCAAAAAGCGUGAAGCUGAAAAGAAAGCUCAAGAGGAGGAGCGCUUGCGAAAAGAAACCGAGCGCCAGAAGCGCUUAAAAGAAGAGCGCGAGCGGCAAGCCGAAGCCGAAAGAAAGCAACGGGAGCAGAAAGAGCGGGAGAAGAAGAAGCGCGACGAGGCAAAACGAAAAGAACGGGAAGAGAAGGAAGCUAAAGAAAAGGAAGCGCGUGAAAAGAAAGCCAAAGAGGAGCGUGAGCGAAAGGCACGAGAAGAAAAAACCAGGCGAGAAAAGGAGGCGGCAGCCAAGGCAGAUCGUGAAGCCAAGGAACGCGCCCGACUGGAAGAACAGGCGGCUCAGCAGGUUGCGGCUCAGGCGGCGGCUGUCCAGGCAGCCAAACGAGCAUCGCAAUCCGGGCCAGCCCAUCUGCCUCCGGGAUUGCAUCAUACUCAGGGCCCAGCCAACACCCAGUCCCCCCAUUUCCAAGUUGCCACGCCCGUCGUUCCCAAAGCCCCAACGCCCAUGCGUCAGCGACAAUCUUCCCAGCAGGACUCUCACGCUUCGUCACCAAGAUCACAGGUAGCAAACACCGACAUUCUACACGUUUCUCCUGGGCCAACGGGCACUCACUCGACCUCUACCAGCCUAAUGAUGGGAAAAGGAACCUCACAGCCUCCGUCCUUGCAUCACCCACAGCCUGCAGCACCGCUCUCUCCGAUAGGCGCCAAUCGUAGUCCCCGCAAGAUGAGCUUCAUUAACCCUAUGCAAGGGCUAUAUGAGAUGCCUCCCGGUCUCGAAGGCCUUCCAUUACUAGGUCCUCGCAUCUCCAUGGGGUCUGACGUGUCUGGAUAUCCAAAUCAAAAUCGCCCGGUUGGAGACCAAUUUCGAGGCUUUGUUGCUCCAGAGAGCAUCCCACUUCCCCCCGGAAUAGCUGCUCCUAGACCUUUUGGCCAAGGGCGUGGGUUUCCCAUAGACGGUGUCCAUGGAUCUCUCCCAUUCCACCCAUCUGGAGGUACUGGAUCUGCACCUGCGCAGCAGUCCCCGGCUGUGCAGACUCCAGCAACAUCUUUCGCACACGUUCGGCAACCUUCGCUCUCUUUCGACAAAAGCCCACUUGAAAACCAGCCUAUUUCGCGCCCUGCCCCUAUUCAGCGACCCGCCAGCACGGUGCCCCACGAUCAACAUAAGAACAGUGAAUCGAAGACGAACCACCAAGAGAUCGACGAGCUCAGUGCUCAACUUGGAAGUAGUGCCUUGCUCGAUGAUAGCGACAUCCCUCUCACAUCAACUCCGCCCCAAAAUUUGUCCAGAGUAAUCCCACCAGGCCUACCGCUAUCGUCAAGACGUCCUUUGGGAAGCUCCAGUCUCCUUGGCGAUCCUAUUGGCAGCUCUAAACCUCAUUUUCCCUUGGGGGCACCUGGCUCUGCAGCUGGCUGGGCACCACAUAAUGUGUUUGGGCCUCCGGGAUUCACAUCCGCACCUUCAUGGGGGCCCAGUGCAGGCCCUUGUUGGUCAACUAGUCCUUUCGGUAGUCUUUCUAGAUCGCAUCGUGUACACACAUCUCGGCCUGUUGCAAUUCGAUUAUCGAUAAUCCAAGCUUGCAAGCAAUUAAAUGCCGCUAGCGGUACGGACGCAUCCGCAUACCACAAUGUUAGAGAACUUCUACGCUUAGUUGAACUCUCAAAUUCUCCAAGAGAUGCUCCAGUUGUACUUGAGGAGAUGUUAGAGAUAUGCGACACGGAAGGCGACUCACAUAAUGGAGGUGGUUCCUUUGUCAUCAAAGAUGAAGGCUCUGCAGGUACAUUUGUUAAGUUCGAACCGGAUAAUAACAGCAUAACAUCGAGCAGCCGUGGAAGUAUGGUACCUGGGGACAUUGGCAGCCCCGUGCCCGCCAAUAGCGUACUCGCUGCUCCUGGAAGCGGUUCAAGGCACUUUGCUCCGUCAAAUACCUCCCCCACAUCGGGUUUCUAG